AUGAGCUCACUCAGGUGUGAGUUUGCUGUCAAUCUAUUCCAACAGAUGAGAAAGUCAGAGGAGGGAAAUAUUUCCGUUUCUCCCCUCAGUAUUGCAUCAGGCUUAACCAUGAUCUGCUUAGGGUGCAAAGAAAAAACUUCAUCAGAAAUUCAGGAGGUCCUUUACCUUAAGGAAAAUGAAAGAUCCAAGGUUGAAAAGUUGGAAAAUGUACAUCUUCACUUUCAAAAAUUUCUGGCUAAAGAAAAUCAGCCCAAUGGUGCCUAUAAGCUAAAGAUCGCCAACAAGCUCUAUGGAGAUCAGAAGAUUCAGUUUAAUCAGGAAUUCUUGGAAAACAUUAAGAAAUUUUACCUAGCCAGCUUGGAAGCUGCCAAUUUUACAAAUGCUGCAGAAGAAAGUCAAAAGACAAUUAAUUCCUGGAUGGAAAGUCAAACAAACGGCAAGAUUGUUUUUCCUAAAGGUUCUCUGAGCAACACCACUCUCCUGGUUCUGGCGGAUAUAGCCUAUUUCACAGGAGAAUGGGACAAGAAAUUUGAUGGGAAAAUGACUGAACAGGGUGAAUUUUGGCUAGCCAAGGAUAAGAGCAAACGUGUGCAGAUGAUUAAACAAACCAACUCCUUUAAUUUCUCCUCACUGGAAGACUUGAAAGUGAAGAUCCUGGAAAUCCCAUACAAAGACAAAGAACUAAGCCUGGUGUUGCUUCUGCCCAAUGAAGUAGAUGGUCUGAAAAAGCUGGAAGACAACCUCACCCCUGAGAAACUAACGGAGUGGACGAGCCCCCAGAAAAUGAGCCAGAGGCAGGUGAGCGUGUGCCUACCUCGGUUCAAAACGGAGGGAUACUAUGACCUCAAGGCCAUGCUGAUGGCCAUGGGGAUGGUGAGCGCCUUCAGCGCCCACGAUGCCAACUUGGCCGGCAUGACAGGAAGCAAAGGUCUCACCCUGUCUGCUGUCCUCCACAAGUGCUUUGUGGAGGUGACAGAGGGCAAGGAGGCUGCAGCCACCACCAGGGCUGAGGCGAGCGCAGAGUCCGCACAGGCCUCUGAAAGCUUCUGCUGUGAUCACCCCUUCCUGUUCUUCAUCAAGCACCGUGGGCUCAAGAGUGUCUUCUUCUUUGGCAGAGUCUCUUCCCCUUAGGCUCGACGGGUGGCCACUAUUUUAGAGAG